AUGAUGCAACAGGAGACUAGGGCUCAAUCACAGCGUACAUCUCGUCAUGGCGGGCAACAGGAGACUAGAGCUAAAUUACAGCGUACAUCUCGUCUGGGCGAGCAACAGGAGACGAGAGCUCAAUUACAGCGUACAUCUCAUCUGGGCGAGCAACAGGAGACUAGAGCUAAAUUACAGCGUACAUCUCGUCAGGGCGAGCAACAGGAGACGAGAACUCAAUUACAGCGUACAUCUCGUCUGGGCGAGCAACAGGAGACGAGAGCUCAAUUACAGCGUACAUCUCGUCUGGGCGAGCAACAGGAGACGAGAGCUCAAUUACAGCGUACAUCUCGUCUGGGCGAGGACAAAUCUCCCGAACCCAAUGGAUGUUCUCCCGAAAUGUCUUAUAUAGCGCUGUGGCACAAAGCUAUUGGUAAUAUUGUGGGUCAUGGUUUGCAUUACAUUUCUUAA